AUGCAUUCCGUCUUUUGCUACGGCUACACGGUAGCUGGUGUGGGGUUUUGUGUGUCAGUGAUUUACUUGGGACUGUUCAACAUCUGUCAGCAGCGAAACUUGCGCAUGGUUUUGGAGAACGCCACCUUUCAACAGUUUUACGAAGGUAUCAGACAUCAUACAUUAGCUCAACGUUAUUUCAACCGCUAUCGAACGAAACAGAUCACUCGACGCAUACUGCACAAAAUCAAUCAACUCACCCCAAGGGUUCAUCUCCUGACGGAAUGGCCCCGCUGGAAGUUGAUCUACACAUCGGGUGGUGAUAUACGGGCAAUUCCCAUGCCAGCCUAG